UUAUAUUUUUAUUUCCUCGUUUACCACGACGUCGUUUCAUACAAACCAAUCCAGCCUAUGAAAGCCAAUCCCGCUCAUCCUUCCCUUCAAGGUCGCCGCUCGCCGCGUUCGAAAUACGAAAUUAGAAGACUUGUUCUCUAGGUGAAAUGGCACGUACCAAACAAACCGCUCGCAAAUCUACUGGCGGGAAGGCCCCCCGAAAGCAACUCGCUACUAAGGCUGCAAGAAAGUCUGCACCUACCACUGGUGGAGUCAAGAAGCCUCAUCGUUAUCGCCCUGGUACCGUGGCUCUUCGUGAGAUCCGUAAGUACCAGAAAAGCACUGAACUCUUGAUCCGCAAGCUGCCUUUCCAGCGUCUUGUUCGUGAAAUUGCACAAGACUUCAAAACGGAUUUGAGGUUUCAGAGCCAUGCAGUCCUUGCACUUCAGGAGGCUGCAGAGGCCUACCUUGUUGGUUUGUUUGAGGACACAAAUCUCUGUGCCAUCCAUGCCAAGAGGGUCACUAUCAUGCCUAAGGACAUCCAACUUGCUAGGCGAAUUCGCGGGGAAAGGGCCUAAAUUUUAAUUGCUGUUGGUUCAUUUAGGUCACUGUUCAAUAGCUACUUUCAUUUCUAAUGUGCUAUUCUAAUAUGGAUCCAGUCUACUUACUGAAUGUUGUUAAUUGUAUAAUUUCACUUCUUUGAGAUGACAAUUAUGUUAUUAUCAUUCCCCUAUAUCAUAUAUUCUCUGUUGUUUUAA